AUGGCGCUGGCCGCCGCCGCCGCCGCCGCCGCCGCGGCCGCCGGGGUGAGCCCGGCCGCGGUGCUGGGCUUCCUGCACGAGCGCGGCGGGCAGGUGCGCAGCUCCGAGCUGCUGGGCCGCUUCAAGCCGCUGCUGGACGCCGGCGACCCGCGCGGCCGCGCCGCCCGCAGGGAGCGCUUCAAGCAGCUCGUCAACGACGUGGCGGUGGUCAAGGAGCUCGACGGCGUCAAGUUCGUGGUGCUGAAGAGGAAGCUGCGGCCCCGCGGGGCGCCGGAGCCCCCGCACCCCGCCGCCUCCAGCGCCCCCGAGCCCACGAUCGGCGCCCCCGAGCCCACGAUCAGCGCCCCUGAGCCCACGAUCGGCGCCCCCGAGCCCACGAUCGGCGACCCCGAGCCCACGAUCGGUGACCCCGAUCCCAUCUCACCGGCCGAGACCGCUGCCUCGGGGGCUCCGUCGUCGGCCUCCGAGGACCCGGCCCCGCCAUCGGAGCCACAGGACACCCCCGAGGCUCCUCCGGUCUCCGAGCCCACCCCGCCGACCGGGGAGCUGCGGUUAAGCCCCGCGAGCCAGCAGCCCGAUGGCCCCGUGGAGCCGGCCCAGCCCUCCGAGGGCCUCUCUGCAGACGUGGCCCCCCCGGCUCGGGCACCGUCGGAGGAGGAGGCCUCCUUGCCCCACGCAGAGCCCCCGGGCUUGGACCCUGGGCCCGGGGCCACCCCAGGGCCGCCGCCGCCGCCGCCGCCGCCCCCGCGGCGCGCGCCCCCCCAGAAGCCCUGCAUGCUGCCGGUGCGCUGCGUCCCCGCCGCGUUCCGCGUCCGCGCCGAGGAGCAGGGCCUGCGCCGCCAGCUGUCGGAGGAGCCGGGCCCGCGGGGCUCCCCGCUGCUGCGGCGGCGGCUGUCGGUGGAGGAGUCGGGCCCCCUGGGGCUCGGCCGCUCCCCGCACCUGAGGCGCCUGUCCCGCGCCGGCCCGCGCCUGCUGAGCCCGGACACGGAGGAGGCGCCCCCCGCGCCGCCGCCGCCGGCCGUGCCCCUGGAGCCGGCCGAGCACGAGUGGCUGGUGCGGGCGGCGGGCGGCCGCUGGAGCCACCAGCUGCACGGCCUGCUGCUGCGCGACCGCGGCCUGGCCGCCAAGCCCGACUUCAUGUCCGGCUACACGGCCCUGCACUGGGCCGCCAAGAGCGGCGACCGCGAGAUGGUGCUGCAGCUGGUGCAGGUGUCGGGGCUCGGGGGCGCGCCCGUGGACCUGAACGCGCGCUCCCGCGGCGGCUACACGCCCCUGCACCUGGCCGCGCUGCACGGCCGCGAGGAGGUGGCGGCGCUGCUGGUGGGGCUGGGCGCGCAGGUGGCCGUGCGCGACCACAGCGGGCGGCGCGCGCACCACUACCUGCGGCCGGGCGCCUCGUGCGCGCUGCGCCAGCUCCUGGGCGACCCCGGCCUGCGGGGCGCCUCCAAGCCCGGCGGGGCCGGCGGCGGGGCGAACGGCACCCUCGUGGUCCGGCGCCCCGUGCAAGUGGCCGCCACCAUCCUCAGCUCCACCACCAGCGCGUUCCUGGGCGUCCUGGCCGACGACCUGAUGCUCCAGGACCUGGCGCGGGGCCUGCGGAAGUCCGGCUCCUUCAGCAAGUUCCUGGGAGCCUCGCCCUUGGCUCCUCGCAAAAAGACAAAGGCCCGGAGCGGCCUGCCGCCGGCCUUCUCAGAAAUCUCUCGGGGGUCCAUGCCAGGAGGACCUUUCGCUGGUCUCAUGCCCAGCCUGCCCCCCACAACCUGA